GAAUGAAUGCCUCACGCGAACUGAAACCAAAGCGGCUGGCGAAAUGCCACCUUAUUAAAGGAAUUGAGACUGGCUCGGAAGAUAUUGACAUCCUGCCUAACGGCCUGGCUUUCAUUAGCUCUGGUUUGAAAUACCCUGGGAUACACAGCUUUGCACCGGAUAAAAGAGGAGAAAUACUGCUGAUAGAUUUAAAUGAACAGAAUCCUCGACCAGUGGAGGUCAGAAUCAGCCGUGGGUUCGAUCUGGCAUCUCUCAACCCUCAUGGAAUCAGCACCUAUAUUGGGGAUGAUGAUUCCGUGUACCUCUUUGUUGUAAACCAUCCACAGUACCAGUCAACAGUGGAACUGUUUAAAUAUAUGGAGGAUGAUAACUCUCUUGUGCAUCUUAAAACUGUCAAGCAUGAACUUCUGCAAAGCGUGAAUGAUAUUGUGGCUCUGAGUCCGGACAGUUUCUAUGCCACCAAUGAUCAUUAUUUCCCAGGGCUGCCCCAGAUGCUGUUGGAGAUGUUUCUGGGUUUGACUUGGACAAAUGUUAUUUACUACAGCCCAAAAGAAGUAAAGGAGGUAGCGUCAGGAUUUUACUCUGCCAAUGGAAUUAACAUUUCACCGGAUGGACAGUAUGUUUAUGUUGUUGAUUUACUGGAUCACAACAUUCAUGUUAUGGAAAAGCAUGCCAAUUUCAGUUUAACUCCUUUAAAGGUGCUGCAGACGGAAACUCUGAUUGAUAACCUAUCAGUUGAUCCUUACACUGGAGAUAUUUGGGCUGGAUGUCAUAUCAAUGGCUUCAAGCUGUUCUUUUAUGAUCCAGAAAACCUUCCUGGUUCCGAGGUCCUUCGCAUUCAGGACAUCCUUUCCGAGAAGCCUACAGUCAGCCAAGUGUAUGUUGAUGAUGGGUCAGUAAUUCAGGGAAGCUCAGUUGCCACAGUGUAUGGCAAGAAGCUCCUUAUUGGCACUGUAUUUCACAGAGCUCUGUCCUGUGAGCUGUGAGUUGCCCAUCCUGGACUUAGCUGCAGGGAAGAGGAUCAGCGUCAUCGGCCACCUUUAGUUCUGAA